CCCCUUACAUUGGGGGUCAAUGGGACAAAGUUCCCUUACAUUGGGGUGUCAAUGGGACAAAAUGUCCCUUACAUUGGUGGUCGUGGGACGAAUGUCCUUACAUUGGGGUCAGUGGGAAGAAUGCCUCUACAUUGUUGGUCAGUGGAAGAAUGUCCCUUACAUUGGGGGCAGUGGGAAGAAUGUCCCUUACAUUGGUGAUCAGUGGGAAGACAUGUCCCUUACAAUUGGGGACAGUGUGAAGAAGUCCCUUUAAACAUUGGGGGUCAGGGGAAGAACGUCCCUUACAUUGGUGAGUUCAUGGGAGGAAUGUCCCUUACAUUGGUGGUCAGUUGGGAAGAAUGUCCCUUACAUGGUGAUCAGUGGGAGGAAGUCCCUUACAUUGGUGGUCAGUGGGAAGAAUGUCCCUUACAUUGGGGGUCCAGUGGAAGAAUGUCCCUUACAUUGGGGGUCAGUGGGAACAAUGUCCCUUACAUUGGUGAUCAUUGGAAAAUGUCCCUUACAUUGGGGGUCAGUGGGAAGAAAUGUCCCUUACAUUGGGUGUCAGUGGAAGAAUGUCCCUUACAUUGGGGUCAGUGG